GUUUUCCUUGUUGCUGCUUAACUUAGAGGAAUACUACUUUGAACAGCAUACAGCUAAUCAUAUUCAGCACAGGGGCAGCAUUAAUGAAAGGAAAAUCAGAGGCUCCUUAAAAAUAUGUUCAAAAUCAGUGAUUUUUGAACCAGAUGCAAUAUCCCAGCCCAUUAUGAAGAUUCCUUUAAGAGAUUGUAUAAAAAUAGGAAAGCACGGAGAAAAUGCAGCCAAUAGAUACCCCGCAAAGGCAAAAUGUGCAGGGAUUUCACUCAUUUUUAGUCAGGUAUAUUUUAUUAAAGAACAUAAUAUCGUCGCACCAUAUAAAAUAGAAAGGGGUGAAAUGGAGUAUGUCUUUGAAUUGGAUGUUUCAGGGAAGGUAGAAGAUGUGGUGGAGACAUUGCUUCAGCUUCACAGAGCAUCCUGCCUUGACAAGCUUGGUGACCAGACUGCCAUGAUAACAGCUAUCUUGCAGUCACGCUUGGCUAGGACUUCAUUUGACAAAAACAGAUUCCACAGUGUUUCUGAAAAGCUACACAUGGAAUGCAAGGCAGAAAUGGUGACACCGCUGGUAACAAAUCCUGGACAUGUGUGCAUCACAGACACCAACCUGUAUUUUCAGCCUCUCAAUGGGUACCCGAAACCUGUGGUCCACAUUACACUCCAAGACAUCCGCCGCAUUUACAAAAGGAGACACGGCCUCAUGCCCUUGGGGUUGGAAGUAUUUUGCACAGAAGAUGACCUGUGUUCUGACAUCUACCUAAAGUUCUAUGAACCUCAAGAUAGAGACGACAUCUAUUUCUAUAUUGCCACAUACCUAGAGCACCAUGUUGCAGAGCACACCGCGGAGAGCUACACGCUGCAGUGGCAGCGAGGCCACAUUUCCAACUACCAGUACCUGCUCCACCUCAACAACCUGGCCGACCGCAGCUGCAACGACCUCUCCCAGUACCCGGUGUUUCCGUGGAUAAUAAGUGACUAUUUCAGCCCAAAUUUAGAUUUGUCAAAUCCAGGAACUUUCAGGGACCUUAGUAGGCCAGUGGGAGCCCUGAAUAAGGAACGGCUGGAGAGACUGCUGACACGCUACCAGGAAAUGCCUGAGCCAAAAUUCAUGUAUGGAAGUCACUACUCUUCCCCAGGUUACGUGCUCUUUUACCUGGUUAGGAUCGCACCAGAGUAUAUGCUGUGCCUGCAGAACGGGAGAUUCGAUAAUGCAGACAGAAUGUUCAACAGUAUUGCAGAAACCUGGAAAAACUGUUUGGAUGGUGCAACAGAUUUUAAAGAAUUGAUUCCAGAGUUCUAUGGUGACGAUGUCAGCUUUUUAGUCAAUAGUCUGAAGCUGGAUUUGGGAAAGAGACAAGGAGGGCAGAUAGUUGACGAUGUUGAGCUUCCUCUGUGGGCCUCAAGCCCUGAGGACUUUCUCCAGAAGAGCAAGGAUGCGCUGGAAAGCAGUUAUGUAUCAGAGCAUCUUCACGAGUGGAUUGAUCUCAUAUUUGGCUACAAGCAGAAAGGGAGUGAUGCUGUUGGGGCCCAUAAUGUAUUUCAUCCCCUGACCUAUGAAGGAGGUGUAGAUUUGAACAGCAUUGAAGAUCCUGAUGAGAAAGUAGCCAUGCUAACCCAGAUCUUAGAAUUUGGGCAGACACCAAAACAACUGUUUGUUACACCACAUCCUCAAAAGAUCACCUCCAACUUUAAAAUUAUGUCCCAGACCUCCAGUUAUAAUGCUGCUAUAGCAGAUUCCCCAGCUUCUCCAGGUGAAGAGUCCUUUGAAGACUUGACUGAAGAAAGCAAAACGCUGGCCUGGAAUAACAUCACCAAGCUGCAGUUACAUGAACAGUAUAAAAUCCACAAAGAGGCAGUUACAGGGAUAGCAGUCUCUUGCAAUGGGUCUUCAGUCUUCACAACAUCACAAGAUUCCACCUUGAAGAUGUUUUCUAAAGAAUCCAAAAUGCUACAAAGAAGUGUAUCAUUUUCAAAUAUGGCUUUAUCAUCUUGUUUACUUUUACCGGGAGAUGCUACUGUCAUAAGUUCUUCUUGGGACAAUAAUGUCUAUUUUUAUUCCAUAGCAUUUGGAAGACGCCAAGACACAUUAAUGGGGCAUGAUGAUGCUGUUAGUCAGAUCUGUUGGCAUGACAACAGGCUAUAUUCUGCAUCGUGGGACUCCACAGUGAAGGUGUGGUCUGGUGUCCCUCCAGAAAUGCCUGGCACCAGAAGACACCAGUUUGACUUGCUGGCCGAGCUGGAACAUGAUGUCAGUGUAGAUACAAUCAGUUUAAAUGCAGCAAGCACACUGCUAGCUUCAGGUACCAAAGAAGGUACGGUGACUAUUUGGGACCUCACUACAGCAACCUUUCUGCACCAGAUCCCAUGCCAUUCAGGGGCUGUAUGUGCUACUGCUUUCAGCCCAGAUAGUCGCCACAUCCUCAGCACAGGAGCAGAUGGCUGUCUGAAUGUGAUCGAUGUGCAGACAGGAAUGCGCAUCUCCUCCAUGGCAUCAGACAAAGCCCAGAGGUGCUUCAUCUGGGAUGGCAAUUCUGUUCUAUCUGGAAGUGAGUCUGGUGAGCUGCUGGUCUGGGACCUCCUUGGAGCAAAAGUCAGUGAGAGAAUACAGGGCCACAGUGGUGCUGUGACAUGCAUAUGGAUGAACGAACAGUGCAGCAGUGUCAUCACAGGAGGGGAAGACAGACAAAUUAUAUUCUGGAAAUUGCAGUAUUAAGUGCCUUUUCCUCUUUUGACUAUUAUAAUGCAUUUUUAAACCAGACUUUUAAAUGAACUGGUGAAUAUGCUGUGAUAGUAAUUAGAAGCUUUACCACAUGGAAAAAUGUGUGGCUUUAAAUCAUGGUGACUUCAUUGAAAGCCAUUAAUUGCCAUAUAAGGCAGAUAAAACAUGCAUGGCAGUGUUAGGGAGAAAUGUUACAUGUGCAAGGCAGGUCAAUGAUGGCUGGAAGACAGGACUGGGUGGCAAACAGAAGCUAAGAAAUACUAACCUGGACUAGGGAAACACUGAAAUGCACUGAGGAGUUUAGAAUUUUCCAAGAAAAUGUGCAGUAUCUUCUGCUGCUUGAGUCACUCUGAUCUUGUUUUCCUAAUUUACCAGUUGCUGCCACUGGGUUUUAGGUAUGUGUGUUUUCAGGUUGGUUACUUGAUAUAAUGCUGUACCCAGAUUUUAAGAACCAGGGGAACGACUAGCUGUUCUUAUAACAGUUAAGUGUACUGUGUAUAGGAACGGUUUGUAUUUCAUUAAGCUAUUAAAUGCUCAUCUUUUUUACAUUAAAAAUAUUUUUCUGUAA